AUAAUUUACCAUUUGAAAAGGCCGAUUAUUAAAAAGUGUAACAAAUCAACAAAUACGUAUUUAUUGAAACAGAAUUGGCGUGACAAGGUAAAUAACAGAAAGUAUGAGAAUGGAUGAAGACCUAUAUCACACUGAUUCGGAAGAUUCUUACUUAAUCUGUGUUAAGAUCUCCCACAUAUAAAAGCCGUCAUCAAUUAGAAGACGCAUUAUUGUUUUACCUUUCGAUCUUUCAACUUUAAAUACGAAAAAAAACGCUCGGCUUAAAUGUGUUACAGUAAUUUAGUUAAUCUCAUUUUUGUUUAAUUAGAUUUGUGUGAGUUUUCUGUGAUUGUUAAACAUGAAGUUUCUUAAUACGGCCAUUAUUUCUUUAGGAGGAUUUUUAAUUCAACUAGUUUUAUGUCAACUCGAUGGUUACAUACCAGGCCAAGAUUAUCCCACUUAUAAUGAAAUACCACGAACUUCAUUUACAUGCGAGCAAAAAAUUCCGGGAUACUACAGCGAUCCAGAAGCUCAGUGUCAAGUUUGGCAUUGGUGCGUACCAGGUGGUCCCCAGUACAGUUUUCUGUGCCCUAAUGGAACCGUUUUUAACCAAUUUGCUAGAGUUUGCGAUUGGUUCUUUAACGUAGAUUGUGCGGGUGUUCAAAAUCUGUACGGAAUUAAUGAAGACUUGUACAUAAUACCGGGGUACAAUCCUCCGCCCCAGUAACGACAACUCACGCCAGAUCACCAAGAUCGAUCUGAUCAUCUCAUAUUUAAGAGUUAUUUAUUAUUUUUAUUUAAUUUUUGUAUUGUACAUAAUAUUUUAAUUGAAAUAAACUGAAUGUCUACGUUUA